CUAAAACUCCAUAUGAGUUAUGGACGGGAAGGAAACCUAGUCUACGGUACCUAAAAGUGUGGGGUUGUCCGGCUGAAGCAAAAGUGUAUAAUCCUCAAUUGAAGAAACUUGACAUGAGAACCAUUAGUUGUUCCUUCAUUGGCUAUCCCGAAAGAUCUAAGGGAUAUAGGUUUUAUUGCCCAUCUCACACUACCCGAAUUGUCGAGACUCGACAUGCUGAAUUCCUUGAGAAUACUAACAUUAGUGGGAGUAGUGAUGGUUCAAACACUAAUGAUGAACUUCAAGAGGGUACUGGAAUGAAUCCACUUAUUAUACUGCCCAUUCCACCUAACUCACCACUUGAAGAUCAUAGUGAGAGUCAUACGCCUCAUAAUAAUGAUGCAACAAGUCAAGAGGCGAAUGAAACUCCAAUAAAUGUUGAACCAACUCCACCUGUUUCUAAUGAAAUUCCAGAAAAUCAGCAAUCUCUAAGGAGAUCUCAAAGGGUGAGACGCCCCACAAAUUUUGACGAAUAUUUGAUAUAUUUAAAUGAAGAAGCCGACUUUGAUUUAGGGAAAGUCGUUGACCCUAUAUCUUUCCUUGAUGCCAUUAAUUGUGACCAAUCGAUUCAUUGGAAAGAAGCUAUGAAUGAAGAACUUCUUUCCAUGGAGAAGAACAAUGUUUGGGAACUUGUUGAAUUACCAAAGGGUCAUAAGCCCGUUGGAAGCAAGUGGGUCUUUAAAACUAAAUUAGAUCCAAAUGGAAACAUUGAAAGAUACAAAGCAAGAUUGGUUGCUAAGGGCUACACUCAAAGGGAAGGUGUAGAUUAUCAAGAGACCUUUUCACCUGUCUCUCGAAAGGACUCCCUAAGGGUCGUUAUGGCUUUAGUAGCUCACUUUGAUCUUGAGUUACAUCAAAUGGACGUCAAAACAGCCUUCUUAAAUGGAGAUUUACACGAAGAUGUUUAUAUGAUACAACCAGAAGGUUAUGUUUCUAAGGGUCAAGAACAUCUAGUGUGUAAACUCAAGAAGUCUAUUUAUGGGCUCAAGCAAGCGUCUCGACAAUGGUACCUCAAAUUUGAUGAAGUCAUGAAAUCAAAUGGCUUCAUUAAAAACAAAGUAGAUCAAUGCACUUAUCUCAAAAUGAGUGGGAGCAAAUUCAUCAUACUUGUGUUAUAUGUUGAUGACAUCUUAUUAGCAAGUAGUGAUCUGGAUUUAUUGCAUGAAACAAAACGCUUAUUAUUUGGCCAUUUUGACAUGAAAGAUUUAGGUGAAGCUUCUUAUGUUAUAGGCAUUGAAAUUCACCGAGAUCGAGUCAAAGGGACGUUAGGUUUGUCUCAAAAGGCAUACAUUGAGCGUAUUUUAGAACGUUUUAACAUGCAACAAUGCUCUC